GUGGCCUGGCCAACCCACCCCGCAGAAAAUACACAAAAACCGAACUCAACACACAACAAUUUCCUGCAAAAAUCGCUCUACGAUGUAUAGGAUGUGCAAUCUAUCGAACCUGCUGAACUUCAUCAUCUGCAUAGCCAGUUUCAGCCAGAACUUCGAUGGAACCCUGGCGGUCAAGAGGGGUCCACACCAUCCUCGGGGCGAAACUAGAAGAGUGGACCAGCAUCUCACCCAUGAGGAGCAUCGGAUAGAUGAUGAUCUAAGGGACAUGGGUGUGCAGGCUAAUCUGGAGGAUCUGAGCGAAGAGGAGAAAAUCUUCUACAUGUUCAAGGCCCAUGACAAUGACAAUAAUAAUGCACUCGAUGGCCUCGAGAUGAUUCAGUCUGCCAUGCAUCAUAACUAUGACUAUUUCAAAAACAACGAGCGGGAUGAAUACCUACAAAAUGCCACUGAUGAGCUGGAACACUUUAUAGAGGCCAUAGACAAGUUUUUGCUAAUUGCGGAUGACAACAACGAUGGUCUGCUGCAUUAUCCGGAAUUUGUUAAGGCCAUAACCGGUGGCAAGGAGCAACUGAAUGUGGACAGGAAUAUCCUGCGCUAAUCCCACCACCCGAACAUCCCGAUUAGCAGUCCUUAGUCCUCUACAACACAAAAACAGCCGAAGUAGACACAAUAAUAGACAUAGCAUAGUUAAAAUAUUUAGCAAAUAAUCUGAUUUCCAUGCUGAACCAUUUGAGACUGUACACCACAAGCAGAAUACCCAGCACUAGACUGCACCUCGUUUGUACUACAAGCUAAUGAUUUAAUAUACAUUUAAAUAGAUA